AUGUCUCACCUUUCACCCUCAACGCCCCUGCCGAGUCGGCCGAGAUCAGUGCGGCCGUCGCUACAGCCUGAUGACUCGUCGCAGCCUCCCUCUUCGUCACAGCUUCCUUCCUCGCAGUCAACAAGUAACCGUUGGACCUCGCAACAACACUUCCUCUUCAUGGACCUUCUUCUGGCAGCCAAGCGGGCGCAGAAGUUAAAUUCGAAGAAAAAGGCUGUGUUGAAGCCGGUUUUCGAAUCGUUCAUCGCCCCCCUCGAGGAAGCCUUUCCAGCGAUAAAAUGGGAUUAUCGCCGGGUCGAAUCGCGGUUCACGGUUAUCAGGGAUAAAUACCGCGUAUAUCAGGAGAUGGUCAAUAUGACGGGGAGUACGGAGAAUAAAGACGAGGGAAGGGUAUCUAUUAGUCGGCAACAAGAGGCAGACUUACGGCAGCUUUAUCCGCGGACGGCGGCGAGGAUAAUAAAGGACGGUCUUGGUGUUGAUGAACACAUAACAGUCGAUGCGUGGCAUGAGAUCUUCUCCAACGACCGACCGGCAGGGAGGUUUAUCACGGAAGCCGGCGAUGACGAUGCCUUCGCCCGUCACCAAGGAAUGCCGCCGCCUACAGUAGAGAGGGCAGUCUCCCCUGGUGGCUCGGAACAAGAGGCAGUUCGAAAUCGUUACCCGGCUGAGGCAAAUAGCGAACCGAGCGGCGAUGACCUUCCUGAAGAAGUCCCAGUCGAGGAGCUAGCUACACAAGCAAGUCAGCAAGUUGAUGAUGAUGAAGUCGAUGAGCCACUUCCCAUUCCUUCAUCGGGGCCGUCACAGACUCCUGUGACGAAUAGGAGGAAAAGGACGGCUGCAACGCCAAUACCACCAAACGACGUAAUUCCUUUCCCUCGGAGCAAGAAGAAGAAGACGGUGAGAGGAAGCGGCAGCGAUAUUGAUGAUCUGAAGGAGCUAUUUAUGAAGAGUCAGUCAUCUACUCAUAAUCAUGUAAUAUCCCCACGGCCGGUCGGGGCAGAGGACUUGCAGGGUGCGAUCAGGGACUGUACCGAGCUCUUCAUGGAAGACCGGGGCGUUGAUUUCGUGAUGAAGGUGACGAAAUGGCUGCGGUCAGAUAUAAAUAAUGCCUUGGUCUGGAAUUCCUUCGAUAAUAAGGAAAUAAAGGAAGCUCUUGCGGACUCGUCAAUAUAG